AUGUUGAUGAGCACUUGCUGUAAUGGAAAUAAUAGAAAACUAUUAUCCCGUACACUUCUCUCAAAGAAUGUUCUUUUAAAAUCUACAGCCUCGACGACUUCAAGAAAAGUCAAUCAAUUUUAUCCAAUCAUCAUCACCACCAAUACUACCACGAGUACUACCACUUUGAGUUUUACUUCAUCAUCACUUCGCUCCUUUUCCACCAUUCAUAAUUUCCAAAGAAAUUCAAGUUUUGAAGAGGAUGACUAUAGUACGAACCCAAUGAACAACUCGGACUCGGGAGCUAAAACAGAAGAAGAGAAAUCCAUAGAGGAAAUUCUACGAACAAAAACCUCUCUUACUCCUAGCGAAAUUGUGAAUCAAUUGGAUAGAUAUAUUGUUGGACAAGGUGAUGCUAAACGUGCAGUGGCCAUUGCUUUGAGAAAUCGUUGGAGAAGACAACAAUUGGAUGGAUCCAUCAGAGAUGAGAUUAUUCCAAAGAAUAUUUUGAUGAUUGGACCUACAGGUGUUGGUAAAACUGAAAUUGCAAGACGUUUAAGUAAAUUGGCUCAUGCUCCAUUCAUUAAAACAGAAGCCACUAAAUACACCGAAGUUGGUUUUCAUGGUCGUGAUGUGGAUACCAUUAUUAGAGAUUUAGUAGAUGUUGGUAUUCAACACACCAAAGAUCGAUUGAGAAGUGCCUAUAAAACCAAAGCUCAUGAAUUGGCUGAACAAAAGAUUAUUGAAACAUUAACUGGAAAGAAGAAACCAACACCAGAAGAUGCAGCAUUUAGAGAUUGGAGAGAACAAUUAAGAAAUGGAAUACUUGAUGAUAAAGAAAUUGAAGUUGAACUUCCAAUUGAAAAACCAAAUGCAGGAAUGAUGAGAGGAGGUGCUGCCAUGGGUCGAGGAGUACAAGGAACUCCUAUUGAUAUUCAAGAUUUACUUUCUCCAUUGUUUGGUGCAAGUGGUGGAAAAACAAGGAAACGUCGAAUGAAGAUUAAGGAUUGUCUUCCAAAAUUAGAAGAAAGUGAAGUUGAAAAAUUAUUACAGACAGAUAUUGUCAUUAAGGAAGCCAUUCGUUCAGUGGAGGAAGAUGGAAUUGUUUUUAUUGAUGAAAUUGAUAAGAUUUGUAGUUCAUUUAAAGAUGGACAUGAUGCUUCCUCUGAAGGUGUUCAACGUGAUUUACUUCCAAUUAUUGAAGGAACCACCAUUUCUACCAAAUAUGGAAAUGUUAAAACCGAUCAUAUUCUAUUUAUUGCUUGUGGUGCUUUCCACAGUGUAAAACCAAGUGAUAUGUUGGCAGAGUUACAAGGUAGAUUACCCAUUCGUGUUGAACUUAAGGGUUUGACUGAAAAAGAUUUGUACAGAGUAUUAACAGAACCUGAAACUAAUAUUUUAAGACAAAAUAUUGAAUUGCUCAAAACGGAAGGAGUGGACAUUGAGUUUAGUGAAGAUGGUGUUAAAGAAAUUGCUCGAGUUGCAGCUGAAGUGAAUACCACAGUAGAGAAUAUUGGAGCUCGUCGACUCAUUACCAUUGUUGAGAAGAUUUUGGAAGACAUUUCCUUUAAUGCUCCAACGUUGAAGGGACAAAAAAUUGUCAUUACAGAGAAGGAAGUGCAACAACAUAUUGGUGUCUUGUUGAAGAGAGCUGACCUCAAGAAGUUUAUUUUGUAA